AAAGCAGUUUGUGAUGACAGGUUUGCUCUGCUCGUCCUCAGAGUGUGAGGAAGGUCCCAGGAUAAAUUAAUCAGUCUGGUUUGUGAGAUUCGUAUCAGGACGAUAAAUAAGUGAGGCCGACCGCCCUGCGUGCAGCUUUGACCCAGAGUGGCAGCACUGCUGAGAGCUAAACAUGGUCUUCUCUGUACACAGAUUUCUGUUUAUCCAUCAUGUUUCUGAUUGGAUGGCUGUAAAUGGAAAUAGAGCAAAACGUUUUUUUAUUGAAAGUGUUUAUUUGUUUGAUUUUUAGAUGAAAAAAUAAAUAUUUAGCUACUCGUUGGAGGCACAAACCGUAACGUGUAACCUGAUCCAGCCCAGAAACAGGCGGAACGACAGUCAGACAUCCGUGAGCGCUGUCCGGAUCACGUUAGAAACGGAAGCAGCUUCCUGUUUGAACCGGAAGCCAGAGCAGCUCUUGGUGCAACCCCCCGUGUAGUUCGGGUCUGUGGGUCGGAUCAGACUGGACUCUCGGUUCUUUCCUCCGGGCCCUCUGUCCUCUGAGUAACCGCUGAGAGCGGCCCGAGGUCCCGCUGAUGGUCGGCAGGGCUCCGCGGCCUGUCAGCCCGCAGGAUGAGCUUCUCCGCCGGCCUGCACACACAGCUGGCCGCCGUCAUGGAGUCCCUCGUCCACGCUGCAGUGGCGGAGCUGAAGAAGCUGGUGGAGGCCGGAGAGGAGCCUACUGUGCUGGCCAGAGAGAGGACGGAGAGCCGCGAGAGGAUGGUGCUGUUCGCCUCCAUCAUGGAGACUCUGGGGAACGAGGCUCUGGGGAAGAUCCUCAACCUGCUGGAUGAAGUCGGGCUGACGGCGGAGCCGCCGUCAGGCCGCGGCGCCCGGCGACUGCAGACGAGCGUACUCAACGUGCUCAGCAACGCCCAUAUAGAGCUCGAGCAUUCGUACGGACUCCGGCAGCAGGACGGCGACUCAGCCACGCCCCCUAAGACCAGUUCGAAGGAGGAGGAGCAGGAGACGCCGCUGGUGCUGGCGGUCACCAUUAAGGACGAGCACGGGAACAUUAACCUGGGCGCAAUCGCAGAGAGAGCCGAGGUGGAGGCGGCCCCACCGGACGAGUCGGAGCGGCUGUUGUCCCCAUCGAAGGUGACGAGCCCGGCGGGCUUCGUGCUGGAGAGCGUCACCUGGAAGUACUUCACAUGCACGGCGUGCGGGAAGUCCUUCUCAUCUCAGAGCAACCUCAAUACGCACCUGCGCGUGCACACGGGAGAAAAGCCAUUUUUGUGCAGCGUGUGCGGCCGCGCCUUCCGCCAGCGGCAGGGCAUGCAGAGCCACAUGCGCACGCACACGGGUGAGCGGCCCUUCGAGUGCCCGCAGUGCGGCAAACGCUUCUCCAAGCAGGGCCAACUGAAAGCACACGCCGUCGUGCACACGGGCGAGAAGCCGCACGCCUGCGACCAGUGCGGCCGCCGCUUCAAUCUGCCGCAGAACCUGCAGCGCCACAAGCGGACGCACGCAGGCGCCAAGAUCUUCGUGUGCAAGGCAUGCGGGAAGGGAUUCACGCGCGCCGUCACGCUGCGCACGCACCAGCUGAUCCAUAGCGGCCAGAAGCCGUUCAGGUGUGAGCAGUGCCACAAAGCUUUCCGGCACGCCGUCAACCUCAGGAACCACCAGCGCACACACAGCGGCGCCCGCCCCUUCACCUGCGACCUCUGCGGGAAAAGCUUCCGGCAGGCGGUGAACCUCAAGAUCCACCGCCGCACGCACACGGGCGAGCGGCCCUUCUGCUGCCGCCAGUGCGGGAAGACGUUCAGCCAGCAGAGCAGCCUGAUCUCGCACGGGCGCACACACUCCGGCGAGAAGCCGUUUGCGUGCGGUGCCUGCGACAAGAAGUUCAACAACAGCAACAGCCUGAAGCUGCACACACGCGUGCACACGGGCGAGAAGCCGUAUGCCUGCGACGUCUGCGGCAAGAGCUUCAGCCAGGGCAGCCACCUGCGCACGCACAAACGCCACCUGCACGCCGGUGGGAAGCAGUACAUCUGCGACCGCUGCGGCAAACGCUACGCCGACCAGCGCAACCUGAAGCUGCACAAGUGCGGCUAUGCCUGAAGGGCCCGGAGGGCUUGAGUGUGCGGGGGCGGGGCCUCUGAUUUGGCAAACAGACUCUGGCUGUUCCUUACACUCUGAUUGGUUGCAAUCUGAGUCGAUGGUUUCAGAGAGAUGGACCGCAGACACCUGUGCAGGAGCACACCUGUCCACCUGCUGCCUUAAUGGGACGGCGCGCCGCUUCGGCUUACGCAUGAUGUCAUCACUGAGGUCACUGUGAACACUGAUAAUACUCAGACGUGAACUUUAAUUUGAAAAGGUUUUGAUGACAUGAAGUGACCUUUCAAAAUAAAAGAAAACGUUUAUUUUUGUUCUGAAA